CUAGCUGCUAGGCUAACUGGUUCAGUUGGUAAUCUGUCAGCCUGGAGCUGUGAGCUCGUGCACCGCUGGGCUAGACACUCUUCCGGAUUACUCUCCUUUGAUGGGUAACGUCAGAUCUCUUUUCUUUUGUCCGCGAACAGACGGGCUCCCAAGGUCGAACCGGAAGAAGACCCUCUGAUGUGAUUUCAACUUGGCAAUUGUGAUCGAGGACAGACAUACUGCCCAUGCUGCCCCAGUAGAUAUGCUGUCACUAUGCUACUGAGAGAAGAAUGACAUUUGUUUAAUUUAAAUUCCUGGAGCUGCCUCGAGCAGUUGAGCUUUGAUUAUAAAAAAGAAAAGAAAAAAAGGCUGCUGCUCUCAGCCAAAUUGGUCUAUAGCUCGGCCCAUUUCUUUGCACUGCCGCAGCCCAGAGGGCAAACUGUUAUGGCACCGGAGGCCAACUGACCAAAAGGGGACGCUGGCUUUGGGAGUGGGGACAGUGACACACAUCAUGCUACAUGGACACUAGACUCCCUGUUUGAGCCCCCUCUGUGUGGAGUUUUUUUUUCUUCUUUUCCUGCAGUCUCAUUGCUUUGGAUGGUUGAGCACAAGGGCUACUUUGAAGGAGCCCACCGGUGGCUGUGGUUUGGCCAAAGCUGACAGACUGCUUGCCAGCUAUUGCUGAUUUAGUACUCUUGUCCACUGCUGUAGCCCAUUUCGUUGUGGUCUCCAGUAUGGUGAGUGGAGGCUGGAGGUGCCGCAGCAGUGAAACUCAACCAUUAACACUGGCGUAGCCGGUUACCUUCCAUAUUUGUUCUUGCACUUUGAAGGAUUCCAUUCCAGGACUUUUUCCCACUCUGUCCUGGAAAGAAACAGUCAAGGUCAUUUUUUUUACAUUUAAACUCUGGAAAGGAGACAGCUACAGAAGAGGAUGAAGUUGAGAAAACAGGUGACAGUGUGUGGAGGGGCCAUAUUCUGUGUGGCUGUAUUCUCGCUGUAUCUGAUGUUGGAUCGAGUCCAACAUGACCCUGCAAGGAGACAGAAUGGCGGUAACUUUCCACGGAGCCAAAUCUCAGUUCUGCAAAACCGAAUAGAGCAGUUGGAGCAGCUCCUGGAGGAAAACCACCAAAUCAUCAGCCACAUAAAGGACUCUGUGAUGGAACUCACAGACACAGGAGCUGUGUCUCCCAGCGGCCACCUGCCAUUUAGAAGUGCCAAUGGUUCCUGGGUCCUACCCUUCGAUGGCCGUCCCACUUUCCUCGCGGUCAAGCCCCAGGAUUGCCAACCCGCUUUAGGUAGCCAUGGCCAAGCAGAUGUUCAGAUGCUGGAUGUGUACUCCAUCCUCAAGUUUGACAACCCUGAUGGUGGUGUAUGGAAACAGGGCUUUGACAUUACGUAUGAACCUGAUGAGUGGGACAGUGAACAGCUGCAAGUGUUUGUUGUCCCCCACUCGCACAAUGAUCCAGGUUGGAUCAAGACUUUUGACAAGUACUUCACAGACCAGACGCAACAUAUUUUAAACAACAUGGUGGUGAAGCUGGCUGAGGAUCCUCGCAGGAAGUUCAUCUGGUCUGAGAUUUCAUUCUUCUCCAAGUGGUGGGAGACCGCAGACGUACACAAGCAGGAGGCUAUGCGCAAACUGAUCCUUGGAGGGCAGCUAGAGAUUGUCACAGGAGGCUGGGUUAUGACGGAUGAAGCCAACGUUCACUACUUUGCCAUGAUAGACCAGCUCAUUGAAGGGCAUCAGUGGAUGGAGAGAAAUCUCGGUAUUACUCCGCGCAGCGGGUGGGCGGUAGACCCUUUUGGUCACAGUGCGACCAUGUCCUAUCUGCUGAAGAGGGCCAACCUGACCAGCAUGCUCAUCCAGAGGGUCCACUACUCCAUCAAAAAACACUUUGCCUCCACGCGCAGCCUGGAGUUUAUGUGGAGGCAGGCCUGGGACACUGGAUCAAACACGGAUAUCUUUUGCCACAUGAUGCCGUUCUACAGCUAUGACGUGCCUCACACCUGCGGGCCCGACCCGAAGGUCUGCUGCCAGUUUGAUUUCAAGAGGUUACCCGGUGGUCGGAUAAACUGUCCCUGGAAGGUGCCACCAAAAACUGUGGUGGAUGCCAAUAUAGCGGAGAGGGCAAACCUGCUCCUGGAUCAGUACCGUAAGAAGUCCAAACUGUACCGCAGCAAAGUGCUUCUGGUCCCUCUGGGAGAUGACUUCCGCUACGACAAGGCGCUGGAGUGGGAUCAGCAGUUCAUGAACUACCAGAAGCUCUUCGACUACAUGAAUUCUCACCCAGAGAUGCACGUACAAGCUCAGUUUGGGACUCUCACAGAAUACUUCAACGCUGUCUACAAAGCACGUGGAGUGGCCCAGGGUUCCAGACCUGCAGACUACCCAGUGAUUAGUGGAGAUUUCUUUGCCUAUGCAGACCGGGAAGACCACUACUGGACUGGCUAUUUCACCUCUCGGCCCUUUUACAAGAGCCUGGACCGUGUGAUAGAGUCACAUCUCAGGGGGGCAGAAAUUCUCUACAGCUUGGCGGUUGCGAACGCUCGGCAUGUGGGCAUGGAUGGGCGCUACCCGGUCUCAGAUUAUGCCCUGCUAGUCGAUGCACGGCAGUCUGUAGGCCUCUUCCAACAUCACGAUGCAAUCACUGGCACUGCGAAGGAGAAUGUUGUCACGGACUACGGCACCAGAUUACUGCGUUCACUCAUUGGUCUGAAGAGAGUAAUCAUCAAUGCUGCUCAUUUCCUGGUGAUGAAAAACAAGGAGUUUUAUCGGUUUUACCAGACGGAGCCCUUUCUGGAGACAGAUGACAGGCGUGCAACUCAAGACUCUCUGCCUCAGAGCACUUUAAUCGAGCUAGAUCCAGCAGGACCAAGGUACCUGGUUCUGUUCAACCCCAUCGAGCAUGAGCGCCUGUGUGUGGUGACGGUGUUGGUCAACACGGUCAGGGUGCGGGUUCUCACAGAGGACGGACAGACCCUCCCUGUGCAGCUCAGUGCUCAGUGGAGCUCUGCUAGUCAAAUGAGUGCAGAGGUAUUUGAGGCAACAUUCAUGGUCCGUCUUCCACCGCUCGGCCUGGCCGUGUUCCACCUUUACGACUCCCCCGACUCGCCCAUGACGCUCCGCUCUGACACCCUGCUCAGGCAGUCUGGUCGGGGCGUCACUUCUCGAGCCGCGGACCCUCUUCCUGUCCGCUCUCAGCCGUCCGACCCUCAGACCUUCUACAUUAGCAGCCAGUCUCUCACUCUGGGCUUCUCUGGAGACACUGGCCUUCUCGAGAGUAUCAAGCGAAAGGAUGAUCCUCAGGAAGUAAAGGUUCAGAUGCAGUUCAUCGUGUACGGCACCCGUCCCUCUAAAGACAAAAGUGGCGCUUACCUCUUCCUGCCUGAUGGGAAAGCAAAGCCCUACAACCAGAAAGAGCCACCUGUGGUGCGCGUCGUGGAGGGUCCCCUCUUCUCGGAGGUGGUGGCACACUACCAGCAUUUCCAGCAGACCAUUCGCAUACACAAUGUGCCAGGGGUAGAUGGGUUGUCAAUAGACUUCACCACCAUGGUGGACAUCAGAGAUCAGACCAAUAAGGAGCUGGCAAUGCGACUGGACACUGACAUCCAGAGUGGCGACGUCUUUUACACAGAUCUCAAUGGCUUCCAGAUGCAGCCUCGCCGCCACUUCCUAAAGCUUCCCCUGCAGGCCAACUUUUAUCCCAUGCCCAGCCAGGCGUACAUCCAGGACAGUCAUCACCGCCUCACACUGCACACAGCGCAGUCCCUGGGUGUCACCAGCCUGGAGAGUGGCCAGCUUGAAGUGAUUAUGGACCGACGGCUGAUGCAGGAUGAUAAUCGUGGGCUAGGUCAGGGCUUGAAGGACAACAAAAAGACAACCAACCGCUUCCGACUGCUGCUGGAGAGGAGAUCCAUGGGCAACAAGAUGAUGGACAGUGCAACAACCAGCUUCCCGUCUAUACUCAGUCACAUGACCAACUACUUCCUGAACCACAAGGUCUUGGCGCUGCCCGUCCUGCCAAAGAGACGCGGCAUCCCUCCCUUGCAAACCUUCGCCCCUCUCAAGUCCAACCUCCCCUGCGACUUCCACCUGCUGAACCUGCGCAGCAUCCAGAGCCAGCAGGACCCCCACUCGCCGUCUCCUUACACCGCCUUGAUUCUACACCGUCUGGCGCUGGACUGUGACCUGGACGCUCCAAACCUCGGCUUCAACUGCACCACCACACAAGGACAGCUGAGCGUAUCAGGACUGUUCAAGAACCUGGACCUGCAGCUGCUCCAGCCCAUGUCCCUGACGCUGAUGCACGCCAGCACACCGCUGGCCAACGAGUCCACCAUCAGCCUGGAUCCCAUGGAGAUCUCCGCCUUCAAGCUCAAACUGCGCUAAACUGCCACCGGGACUAAAAGAGGCAACGAAAACCCACCAGACUCCUUGGACCAAGAACCAGGCCCACGCCGGCCACAGACUGGCAACAAAGGGGGUCUGGGGUCCCUCUGUUUUGUCAAGCGGAAUCAUAAACACCACAGCUCGGAGAAAAAGGUUCCACUGUAACAGGACUGACUGCACAGCAGGGGGCAGGCGAUAGCCGUUACUGUGGACGUCCCGGUGAACUCGCAGCUGUUCUAUAACAAAGACUGCCAGAAUAUCAUCAGAUACAACCGGGUGUCUCUGUCUGUCUGUCUGUCUGUCUGUCUGUCUGUCUGUCUGUCCAUCGAAAAAAUGAAAUCUCGUUUAGUUCUGCUUUGUAAGAACUCGUGUUUUUUUUCUAUCUUUGCUCCAUCCUGGACUGAACCUCUGAAUGUAAAUAUCCCAAAAGAUGGGACUGGGGAGGGAGGCAGGGAGGCUGGGCCUUGAGCCACAUCAGAGUGCAAUUUACAAAGCUUUAUUUGGUGCAAAUAAGAAGACACAUCACAGUGAUUUUGUUUUUUAUACUAGUCAGUUGAUCUCUUUUUUUUUUUUUUUGACAAACUCGAAUGCCGCAAAGAGAAUGUGUGGUCUCUUCUCAGCUCGUGAGGAGACCCAUGCUGCAGCUUUUGAAGCUCUUUAUCGUAUGUCUGAGUCCAAGAGUUUCACAUCGGUCACUAUUAAUCAUAUCAGAUGACUUUUACCUUCUGUUCUCUGCAUUUGCUUGUAGAUAGUUGGCAGACUCUUUCCUUCACCCUCAGUCUGUCUAUCAUUCCUGUGCUUGUAUGGGAGGGUGGUUUGUGUACCAUACUGUAUGCAGUAGAGGACUAUACAAAGACUUUACCUCAUAACCACAAGGCAGAUAUAUCCAUGUGUCUGUCGAGUAUGUUGAUGUGAAUAUUUGAGGAUUUAUGUUUUUUUUUUUUAGGGGUGUGUUGAGGUUACAGUACACACCAUCAGGGACCAUUCUUAGUACUGUCGUAUGUCUGUUGAGCCGUUAGUCAUUAUCAUUGCAGCACAAAAGGAGCUUCCCAUUGGAGAUGAAGUAAAAUUAAAGGGUUAGUUCACCCAAAUAAAAAAAUCUGGCCGUGCAGAUGAGUUGGGAUUUAAGGUAUCUGUCCAGAGCUGCCACUAAUGAUUGUUUUCAUUAAGUCAAGUCUACAAAAUGGCAAAAACAAAAGUGAUAAAUGCACAAGUUUGUCUUUUUUAAUUACUUGUUUUGUACCAACAACAAUCCAAAACCCAGAGAUAUUAAAGAUUUUCAACCAUUUGACUAAAAGGUAGCACUCAUCAUUUGAGAAGCUGAAAUCGUAGAGUGAUUGCCUUUUGCUGGAUGCACGUAUUGCCAGUAUAAAACAGGACCAGUAUGUUGAAUUAUUGUAUACUAUAAACAUGGGCACGUAGUAACUAUGUGGACUGGGACAGUGUGAAAACUGUUGCUAGGGCUGUGCUUCUGGAAGGAGAUGUUGCUGUUUGUUUAUUUUCUUCUUAGAGUUUACAAUUGUUGUGAACAAUGAGUAAAAUAGUAUUCACCUCAAUUGGUAGUAGAAAUCUCAGAGCGAUUUCUCAAAACCACAACACAAACUAUCUGUAGGACACGAUACCACUAAGUGAUCACUAAAACUUGACUGACUUUAGAUAUUUUUGUAAUUUGGGUGAACUUACCCCUUUUUAGAAAUGAGUCAUCAAAUCAUACGCGGGGAUCCUCAACACACAAGAAAUGCUUUCAAAAGAGCCGCAGAUUGUCUUUAUCAUUUCAGCGCCACAGUGCUUCUUAAUCUGAGGCCGUCUUGAGGCACGCAGACUUUUUCUGGUGCACACCUGCAGCGACCGUGGAGGAUGCUGUCAUCCGUGUCCAAAGCCGAGGCGGGACAUCUGUGGACCACUUUGUACUGAGCCAACAUCUCACUGUGUCCCAUCACUUUAACUGGUCGUCUUCAUCCUCCCAAUAGUUCUGCUGCUUCAUUGCUCUCCCCCUCUGCCUUGAUAUCUGCUACAUUCGGCUUUCUCUCACUCUUCCGGCUGCUUUUAAGACCAGAUUUCACUGCAUCUGAAGUUGCACUUUCUCCUGUUGUCUAACGCCGUCAUAAGCUUCUCUCCUGUUUCAUUGUGAGUCAGAGUCUCUGUAUAAUGUCUUUUGUUCUGGUGUAGCGCUCUUUUUGUUUGGAUUACUCAUGAUGCAUUAAAGCUGCAGUAGAACAGGAGAAGGGGAUUCA